UAUGUUGGUGUGGUGGUGUUGGUAGGCAUGGUGAGGCAACAUAGUCAUGUGGCAGCAGGACCCCUAGCACAGUGUCAUCCCGUCAUCCAUCGAAAGUGAAACUCGUUUCGGCACACAGGCAGUCGAUUGCUUUUUUUGUUCGUCUUACUUCUCGGUUCAGAGUCUGGGAUGGUUACGUUGUGAUGUGCUCUGAUUUCGUAACUUCAUUCAGUAUCCUGCUCUCGACUCGCGUGCCAUCACUAAGCAAGCAAGCGAACAACAGUUCUCCCGCGGUCUGCCGUCUCAGUCGCACAGUUGCUGGCUGGACAUCAACAAGCUCCCAUCCUCGCUUUGCUCACUGUCACUUCCGUCGUCACCGCUCAAGUCGGUUGCGAUUACGCGACUUCACACAGCGGAUCAGAAGCGGCGGCCAAAAAAUUUUAAUGGGUACUUACCUCGCGUGCCAUCGUCGACAACCGUCAGUCGUGUAUUGAUUUUCUCACCGUUCAGACGUGUCAGUUCAGAGAGCGAUCCUCGCCGACUCCCGCAGAACGAGAUCUCGAUCGUGUACAACGCAACGCAGUGAUUCAAAUAUUUUGUUCGUGAGUGAGCGCACCUGAACCAACACAGUUUUAGCAAAACUAUUUAAGAAAAAACAAAAAAAAUAAUACAAAAAUUAUCGCAAGGCACGGCCCAAAGUUCCUCGUCAUCCCGAACCGCAGCAAACGCGCUCUCAGCAAGUAGUAGUUCCAAACAAAGUAUAGUGUGUAAUGCCUAAUGUGAACCUACACUUGGCAGUGUGAUAGCGCGCAAGGAUUAACCACAGUGUGGCAACAUUUUUAGAACACCAAUGACAGUGUUCGAAAACAGUGUGUUCUGUUAGUUGUGAUUAUAUAUGAAUAAACUUAGUGAAGAACAACACACAAUCGGGUGUUAUUAGCGACUAGUGCUUGAGUUUUUUUUUGUUUGUUCCUUUUGUUUGUUCAAAAUAAACUAAGUACGAGGAGAGGAGCCAACGACAAAACCAAAUUCGAUACGGUGAUCCAAGCAGGCAAUGGCCUUAUCGCUGCUGCAAGAAGCGCAAGCAUCAAGAGGAUUAGCCGCUAUCCGUAGCCUGCAAGCAAUGGAACGUGAGGAGGUUCGCAGUUUGUCAGUGUCCCCGCCGCUGACCGGACAGCACCAUCAGCACCCUCACGCAAUGAGUAUGAAUCACCUGAAUCACAGUCCCAGCCUUUUCGGUGGCUGUCAUCCGGCGAUGGGAAUGCUGGCUCCCCAGCUGCUGGCAAAUCAAACCGCCGCGGCACUGAUGGCCGCCGGUCUCACAAUGCCACUGCGGGCAUCGCUAGCCAGCGGACUGUUCCCACAUCAUCCGGCUCUGUUCGGAGCCUGGGCUCCCCCGACACCGAACAGCAGCAAUAACAGUCCACCACCCCCACAGAGCCCCAUCUCGCCGGCCCUCAGCCACAAGAGCUCCAAAUCGCUCAAGCUCUCCACCAACAACAACCACAUCGUAUCGACCACCUCGGAAAUUCUACCUCAACAACAGAAGCGCUCGGGCAAGCGGAAGCAUCUCUCGAUCAAAUCGGAUGCCGUGCUGCUCCAGUCGCCUCUCGGCCAGACCAUGCCCGUGGACAUCCCAAACAUGGACAUGGUCAGUCCCGGUCCCAUCUCGCCACCUACCUCCGGUUCGUCGCCCCAAUCGAACGGGAGCGUCGAAAUACCGUCAACCAUCACUACCUCCACCAGGGAUCCCUCCCGGGACAAAGUAUUCACCUGCAAGAUCUGCAACCGCUCGUUCGGGUACAAACAUGUCCUCCAGAACCACGAGCGGACCCACACCGGCGAGAAACCCUUCGAGUGUCGCGAGUGUCACAAACGUUUCACCCGCGAUCACCACCUGAAGACCCACAUGCGUCUGCACACGGGCGAGAAGCCCUACUCGUGCACCCACUGCGACCGUCAGUUCGUCCAGGUCGCCAACCUCCGGCGGCAUCUACGAGUCCACACCGGUGAGAAGCCGUAUGAGUGUGAAAUGUGCGAACUGAAGUUCAGCGAUUCCAACCAGUUGAAAGCCCACAUGCUCAGCCACAACGGCCAGAAGCCAUUCCACUGUGACCGCUGUAACUCAAGUUACCGCCGACGACACCAUCUGCUCCACCACAAGUGUGGCAUCACGAGCCCCCCGACGCCUGCCAUCAGUCCCGCCAUGUCCCAGUGCGACCAGAAGUCCGGCUGCUCGGAAGUCUCCGACUUCUCGAUGGAGCUGAAAUCUUCCUCCCUGCUCCAUCAAAAGUAUCCCGGCCUCACGCUCCCACUGGACUUCAGCACACCCGAAAUCAACCAUCUCAACCACCAUCACCACCACCAACACCACCCGGGAGCCAUCGAUCUGCGGGCGAUCCGCACCCCAACCCAACAGCACUCCUCCGCCAGCUCCUCCACGCUAAUCAAAUCCGAACUCCCGGAGCAAACCGAACCCGAGGAUCUCAGCAUGCACUCGCCCCGCUCGCCGGUCACCCUGGAGGAACUGGACGAGCUGGACGACGCCCCCUCACUGUACCUGAAGCAGCGCCAGCAGAAGCUGGCUUACGCUGCGGCGGCCGCCGCAGCAGCAGCCGUCGCCCAACGUCACCACGGUAUGGAAUCCUAAAUCUCCCUCUACUCCCCCCAUAAAAUAUGAAUCUAACUGUCGUUGACAACGGAUACCAAAUAAUCGAAUCGAAUGCCAAGAGAACAAAAACAAGUAGCUUAGAAGUUAAGCGAAAGCGCCAUAUUAUCUAUACAUACACAAGAAAAACACACAUCUAUAUAUAUAUAUGAAGCAUAUAUUUAAAUCAAAGAUCAAAUUUAUAGAGUAAUCAAAUAGUAACCCCCCCUCUCUUUAGCCGUUGGUAGUCAUUGUCUCUUCUUUUCCGCAAGAUUGUCCACCCGCCGCCAUCUUGAUGUAAAUAGAUGAUUGUACAUAACACAGUGAGAGAGCUGUCAAAAUUUUUGGAUGGACGGCGACAAAAACCAAACAAACAAAACAAAAAAAAAACCGCAAACGGGUUAUGCGUUCAAUUUCAGGGAAAUACACACACACACACAUACUUUCACACUUUCACACGAUUAUUCUAAUCUAACAGUAUAGCGGUCCCAAUACAAAACUCUCACAAACAAAAGAGACAAAGCAAGCCAAGAAAAAAAAGUAUGGUAUACAAGUUCCUCCUCUUAACGAAAUGUGGAAACGAUAACACGAUUUCCCGCCCCCCUCCACUUCGCCCGAUCGGAUCAAACGCGGGAGAACGAUGGUGGUGAAAUAUUUAUUAGCGACAAAUUGUGUUCCGUUGUUGUUGGUUGUGGUGAUCGCGAUCGAUCAUUUUGUUUGAAGCGCGAGAAAAAAAAACCCAAGAGGUGUCCUAUUUUCUUUUUUUAGUUGUGGUUGUUUUAUUUUUAAAAUAUAUUAUUAUUAUCAUUAUUAUCAUAUUAUUAUGUGGUCUCUGAUUUUAUUCGAUAGAAUCUUGUCAUGAUUUGACGGGUGCGUGCGUAUGUAUGAAGAAGUAGGAAUAGCAAUGUUAAACGAGCAGCGAAAAAUCAAAAUUUAAUUUUAAGGUCUUAUGCUUUUGCUUCUGUCCCCGGCCAGGGGACGGGAACCCAAAAAUUGUAUAGUUCUAUUAUCAUUUUAUUGUAUGCGGAUACAGGUUAAAAACGGAAUAAAAUAUUUAAAUUUAUUUGGAAAUGAGGAAA